AUGCCAACCCGCCGAGGCGGAAGCGCCACGUCAGGGGGGCGGCGCGGGGGCGGUGCCGGGUUGCGGGUGCCGGUGCCGGGCUCGGUGCGGGGCCGGAGCCGGGUUGCGGGUGCCGGUGCCGGGCUCGGUGCGGGGCCGGUGCCGGGUUGCGGGUGGCGGGCUCGGUGCGGGGCCGGUGCCGGGCUCGGUGCGGGUGCCGGUGCCGGGUUGCGGGGCCGGUGCCGGGCUCGGUGCGGGGCCGGUGCCGGGUUGCGGGUGCCGGUGCCGGGCUCGGUGCGGGUGGCGAUGCCGGGCGCGGUGCGGACGCUGUGCCUGGCCGCGCUGCUGGGCGCGCUGCGGGCCGGCGGCACGGAGCUGACGCUGGAGCUGCCCGACAGCGCCCAGCGCUGCUUCCACCAGGAGCUGGAGAGCGGCGUCAAGUUCACCCUCGACUAUCAGGUGAUCAGCGGAGGGCACUAUGAUGUGGACUGCUACGUGGAGGACCCCAACGGCAAGACCAUCUACCAGGAGACCAAGAAGCAGUACGACAGCUUCUCGCACCACACCGAGGCCAAGGGUGUCUACACCUUCUGCUUCAGCAACGAGUUCUCCACCUUCUCCCACAAAAUCGUCUACUUCGACUUCCAGGUGGGCGACGAGCCGCCCAUCCUGCCCGACAUGAACAACCGCGUCACUGCCCUGACACAGCUGGAGUCUGCCUGUGUCACCAUCCACGAGAUGCUGAAGGCGGUGAUCGACUCCCAGACCCACUACCGGCUGCGGGAGGCGCAGGACAGGAGCCGAGCCGAGGAGCUCAAUGGCCGCGUCUCGUACUGGUCAGUGGGGGAGACCCUCAUCCUCUUCGUGGUCAGCAUCGGGCAGGUGGUGCUGCUCAAGAGCUUCUUCACCGAGAAGAGACCCAGCAGCGGCGGAGCUGGCACCUAGAGCUGCUGGCUGUGCCCGAGUGCAGCGGGCAGCGGGACAGACACUGCGCCUCUGAUCUGUGCUGGGAC